UCCUAUUCAGUCUCAAUUUCCUAAGGCAUAAACAAACAAAAAUGGCAGGCCAAGGUCCCCACAAUACCUCAUUCUCAGGCCAAGCUCAGAUGAGAAGCGAUAACGUGCAAGAUCAAGGCGAGAACCAAAAUUUCCUUCAAGAGACUGGAACACAUGCCCUGAACAUGGCGCAAGGCGCAGCUGAUGUUGGCAAAGGAGCCGUGCUCGGGGCAGCCAGCCUUGCCUGUGGCGUGGCCACAGGCGCGGCCAAUGUGGCCUCUGGGGCAGCCGAUGUUGUCAGAAAUACCUUCGCGGGCGCUCCCGACGCCCAUAAUGCUAGCUUGGACAACGCGAAUAAUCCAAGUGCAAAUCAAUCGACUUAUUCCAACAGGCCUGGCUAUGCACACCACCCUAACUAAACCAUCUACACACCAUCACAUUUAGAUUUGAAAUUUCAGUUUAUCUUAAAAUAAGUCUUUGUUGGUGCAUAUAUUGUUUGAUUUUGAUGGUGCAUCUCAUCCAAGGCAUGUGGCUAGUGAUGUGGAGUUUUUAUUUGAAAUAAAAAUAAUAUAGUAGGAUUUUA